AUGUCUUCGCAGUCGGCAAAUACCGCUUCCAACUUGGCCCUUGAGGACAGAAUAAUCUACGGAUUUGGGCCCGACCAUCGUAUGCCUCAUUCAUGCCCUUCGUGUCUUGGAACUCCUAGAUUGGUUAAUGAUUGUCAUGCUUGUGACGGGACCGGGCUUGUGUGGGACACUAGUUCGGACAGUAUUUAUCAAGGAGAGGAGAAACAACAUUCAUCACCGGGUGGAUCCUCUCCAGAGAGUUCUUCAUUAUCAUCGUAUGACCGACAAGACUGA